AUGGGUCGUCGUCCAGCUCGCUGCUACCGUUAUAUUGGUAACAAACCAUAUCCAAAGUCUCGCUUCUGCCGUGGUGUUCCAGAUCCACGUAUCAUCCGUUACGAAACAGGCACCAAGACAGCACAUGCAAAGGAACUCCCAAUUUGCUGCCGCCUUAUCCUUCUCGAGCACGAAUGCGUUUCCUCUGAAGCCCUUGAAGCCGCUCGUGUCAGCUCCAACAGAUACAUGAUGAAGACAAUGGGCAAGGAUGGUUAUCACAUCAAGAUCAACCUUCACCCAUUCCACGUUCUUCGUAUUAACAAGAUGCUUUCCACAGCUGGUGCCGAUAGACUUCAGACAGGUAUGAGACACGCUUUCGGUAAGCCAGAAGGCCUUGUUGCUCGUGCUAACUACAACUCUCAGAUCAUGACAAUCCGUACAACAUCCGCUGGUCUUAAGCACGCCCUCGAAGCUCUUCGCCGUGCUUCAUUCAAGUUCCCAGGACACUCCCGUGUUGUUAUCUCAAACAAGGUUGGCUUCACACCAUACACAUUCGAGCAAUUCAAGGAGCUCCAGGCUAAUGGCCAGAUUGUCGAUUGCGGCAACCACGUAAAGCGCGUCUACCGCCGUGGCCCAAUCCCAACACACUAA